AUGUUUGAUGAGAUCAUGAUGCAUGUUGAUUAUGAUCUUCCAGGCGUGUUCUUUAUUGAUGGUCCAGGUGGAAUUGGGAAAACAUUUUUGUACAUUACCUUGCUUGCUGAAAUUUGGUCACGUGGUCUUAUUGCUCUCGCAACAGCUUCAUCAGGUGCAGCAGCUAAUAAUAUGCCAGGAGGUAGAACGGCUCACUCGAGAUUCAAGAUUCCUCUUCAUCUUGAAAAUAAUUCAAUGUGCAAUAUCAAAAAACAGAGUGGGGUCGGUAAACUGAUUCGGUCUGCCAAAAUAAUCAUAUGGGAUGAAGCGUCGAUGGCUAAACGACAGGCGAUAAAGGCAGUCGAUAGUACAUUCCAAGACAUUAUAGGUGUUAGUCUCCCAUUUCGUGGGAAGAUAAUGGUUAUGGGAGGUGACUUCAGACAGGUGUUGCCGGUUAUUAAACGUGGCACUCGAGCACAGAUUGUAGACUCCAGCGUACGAAUGUCACCUCUUUGGUCUUUGACUAAGAAGAUGCGGUUGACCAUAAAUAUGGGAGCGCUGAAAGAUCCAUGGUUUUCUAAAUUUCUUUUAAGAGUCGGCGAUGGAACCGAAGAACCAAUCGAAGGAAACUAUAACCGCAUACCCGAUGACAUGACAAUUCAGUGCAACAACAGAGAAAACGCUAUAAAAGAAUUGAUCCAUGCCAUCUUUCCAUCAAUUGAAGAUAAUGUAUAUUCUUGA